AUGAUCUUGUUAACUGUCACCCAGAAAAUUGGAAUGGGAUUAAUGGGAUUUGGAGUAUUGUUCCUGCUUUUUGGAAUGAUUCUCUUUUUUGACAAAGCACUACUGGAUAUUAGAAAUGUUUUAUUUGUGGCUGGCUUGGCUUUUGUGAUUGGUUUAGGAAGGACAUUUAGAAUCUUCUUCCAAAUGCAUAAAAUGAAAGCUAUGGGAUUUUUCUUUGGUGCUGUAUUUGUAGUCCUGAUUGGUUGUCCUGUGAUAGGCAUGAUCUUUGAAAUAUAUGGAUUCUUUCUUUUGUUCAGCGGUUUAUUUCCUGUGGUUGUUGACUUUAUUAGAAAAGAGCCUCCUGUCCUUGGAUCCCUCUUGAAUUUACCAGGCAUUAGAUCAUUUGUAGACAAAGUUGGAGAAAAUUUUGAAUCUGUUCAUCAGUCUGGAGUUAUGGCUCAAGAAAGCAGAAUUCAUGCCUAA